AUGGGAAGGGUGAUAUUUAUGUUAUGUAUAUGGGUUUGGGCAAUUACAAUGGCCAGGGCUGAAGACCCUUACCUUUUCUUCACAUGGAAUGUGACGUAUGGAACUAUCUCUCCCUUGGGAGUCCCUCAACAAGGCAUUCUCAUCAAUGGCCAAUUCCCAGGCCCCAACAUCAACUCCACCACCAACAACAACAUUGUCCUCAACGUCUUCAACAACAUUGACGAGCCCAUUCUCUUCACUUGGUUGGGAAUCCAGCAGAGGAAGAAUUCAUGGCAAGACGGGGUGCUGGGAACAAAUUGCCCUAUUCUCCCAGGCACAAACUUCACGUACCGGUUCCAAGUGAAGGACCAAAUCGGCAGCUACUUCUACUACCCGACCACAGCCAUCCACCGGGCGGCAGGCGGGUUCGGCGGCCUCCGUGUCAACAGCCGUCUCCUCAUCCCCGUCCCUUACGCCGACCCCGAGGACGACUACACCAUCCUCAUCGGCGACUGGUACACCGAGAGCCACUCAACCCUAAGGAAGUUCCUCGACAUCGGCCGCUCCCUCGGCAGGCCCGACGGAGUCUUGAUCAACGGGAAAUCGGCGAAAAGCGACGGAAGCGACGAGCCCCUUUUCACCAUGAAGCCAGGCAAGAUCUACAAGUACCGAAUCUGCAAUGUGGGGCUCAAGAACUCUCUCAAUUUCAGAAUACAAGGCCAUCCUUUGAAGUUGGUUGAGAUGGAAGGCUCUCACACCGUCCAGAACACCUACGAAUCCCUCGACGUCCAUGUCGGCCAGUGCUUCGCCGUCCUCGUCACCGCCGACAAGGCGCCCAAGGACUAUUUGGUCGUCGCUUCCACCCGAUUCACCAAGAAUGUUCUCACCGGAAAAGGCAUAAUUCGCUACACCAACGCUAAGCCGGCCCCUCCGUCCCCCGACGUCGUCGAGGCGCCGGUCGGGUGGGCGUGGUCCCUCAACCAGUUCCGGUCCUUCCGGUGGAACCUCACCUCCAGCGCCGCCAGGCCGAACCCUCAGGGGUCGUACCACUACGGCAAGAUCAACAUCACGCGCACGAUCAAGCUGGUGAAUUCAGCCGUUAGGGUUCAGGGGAAGCUCCGAUACGCCAUCAAUGGCGUCUCGCAUGUGGACCCUUACACUCCGCUGAAGCUGGCGGAGUACUACCAGGUUGCGGACAAGGUUUUCAAGUACGACAUCAUCUCCGACGAGCCGCCGGCCAAUGCCGGAGAUAAGAUCACGGUGGCUACCAACGUUGUGAACCAGACUUUCCGUAACUUUGUCGAGAUUAUCUUUGAGAACCACGAGAAGAGCCUCCAGACUUGGCACUUGGACGGCUACUCCUUCUUCGCCGUUGCAAUCGAACCGGGAAGGUGGAGCCCAGACAAGAGGAGCAGGUACAAUCUUCUGGACGCGGUGAGCAGACACACAAUUCAGGUGUUUCCGAAGUCAUGGGCUGCGAUAAUGUUGACAUUCGACAACGCCGGAAUGUGGAAUUUAAGGUCGGAGCUGACAGAGAGGCGAUACCUCGGACAGCAACUCUACAUCAGCGUUCAGUCGCCGGCGAGGUCUCUCCGGGACGAAUACAACAUGCCCGACAACGCUCUGCUUUGCGGCGUCGUCAAGGAUCUCCCAUGGCCUCCUCCAUACAGCAUCUAAAUUACUACUAUACAUAACAAGUUUGCAAUUACACCAUCAUGAACAAGCUAAUUUGAGUUACAUCCUUUUUCUUUUUCAUUGGUUGAGGACGUGGCGAGCUUUGAUUCGCAGGCUGGUUCAUUUGUUGUUUGUUUGUUUUUUUAUUUUUAUUUUUAUUUUAUAUAUGGUCUGCUUUUAUCAUGUAUCAAUGGAUGUUGUUGUUGACAAUGUAC